AUACCAAACAACUUAUAUAUUUUCCUCCAUUGAAGCAAACUCAAAAACCCUCCUUAAAAAAAACGUCAAUAGUACGUGUGUAAUUAAGUAAGAGUGUGAUAUAAUUAUAUACCAAGGUUUUUAUUUAUAUUUAUAUAAAAUAAAAAUGGGAAAAAGAGAAGAUGAUGAUCAACAAUAUUCUUCGUCGUCUUCAUCAACUGAUAGUAACGUUAAUAAUAAUUCAUAUGCUCUUAAUCAUGCUCAGAGUAAUUCGCAUUCUAUAGCUUCUCCAUCGUACAAUAGCGCGACGACGAGUUUAAAUGAUUUUGGUAGCAAGGAUUUGAGCACUGAUCUUAGAUUGGGUUUGAGCAUUUCUUCUCAUGGCUUGUCUUCCUCUCAAAGGGGGCAGUAUAGUGACUGGCCACCAAUGAAGGCGUUGUUGAGGAGCACGCUUGCAGCAGAAAAAUCAAGUAAUAGCCGGCCUCGACGAGAAACUUUGUUUGUCAAAGUUAGUAUGGAAGGCAUUCCUAUUGGUAGGAAACUCGACUUGCUUGCUCAUCAUGGUUAUCAUAGCUUGAUUACUACCCUUGUUCAAAUGUUUAGGACCACUAUUCUUUCUUCCGAUGUAAUUUGCCAUGAUUCACCAGAAAAUUGUCAUAUUCUCACUUAUGAGGAUAAAGAAGGAGAUUGGAUGAUGGUUGGAGAUGUUCCUUGGGAGAUGUUUUUGAUUACUGUAAAAAGGCUGAAGAUUGUCGCAUUUGAAAAAUGCCAAUAGUGAUUGCCUCCUUGCAUGCUGAUCAAGCAGUUGAAGAAACAAAACAAUUUUGACUAAUUUAAUCUAAUCUUUAAAUCUUUUAGAACCCUAACAAUUUUCGUUUGCUGAUGACAUCCCUUUUUUUUUUUUAUUAUUAUUAUUUUUUUCUUUUUCGCAUCAGUAAUGUAAUAUGGUUGAUGUGAUUUACUAUGUAUAUUCUGAAUGUUAUUUUAAAUUCUACUCCAUUCUUGUUUUAAAAUUCAAAGCUAAAAAAGGGACUAUAACUAGCAACUUAGAUAGUUAGAUGUGUGAAAAAUAAAUAAAAUUUUGACUACCUUUUACAAUCUAUUUUAAUGCGAGUGUACCUAAAGA